UUGGUUUUUCGAGACAGGGUUUCUCUGUGUAGCUUUGCGCCUCUCCUGGGACUCACUUGGUAGCCCAGGCUGGCCUCGAACUCACGGAGAUCCGCCUGACUCUGCCUCCCGAGUGCUGGGUAAAUUGGGUAUUUUAAGCUUCAGGCAGUUGGGUACUUGCUGUAUGUGAUGCUGCAAUGCAUACCUAGAUACAGGGAUAAAUUUAACAAGACCCCUGUGUUGAAGGAACUCAUAAUUUAGGAUGAUGAGGGUCAGCCAGGAAGGAGAGCAGAAGACCGUGCAGCUGAUUGUGAUCUGAUGUGGCAGUAGCCCAGGAGAGUGUAGCAGCUAAGCCAUUCUUAGCAGUGAAACAGCAUGGCUAGACAUCCAGAAACUUAAAGCUUUUCAGCAGUGGAAAGUUCGACAAGGAAAGUGGGUUUGGGCUAGACUUUAGAGGGCUUGGAAAACCUGCAGAGAACUUUGGCUCUGUGGUGCCUUUGAAGGCUUGAAAACAAGAGCAAGUUAAAGAUAUGUAGAAAGAGCACAACAAAGAUGGAGUGAGGGGCGAGAGAAGGAACAGCUUAGAAGCAGCCAAGAAGCACCAGCAACCAGCAGUCUGCCUGGAGGUGUUGACAUAUCACACUUGACUUGAGGGACAUUUAAAAAAAAAUUAUUAAUUUUUUUCAUUUAUUUUACAGACCAACCAGUUUCCCAUCCAUCCUCUCCUCCCACUCCUCCCUUUUGUGCCCCCCCCCCAACUCUUCCUCUCUGUCUGUUCAGGAAAGGGCAGGCCUCUCAUGGGUGCCAACAAAGCAUGGCUUAUCAAGUUGAGGUAGGACUAAGCUCCUCCUUUUGUAUUUAGGCUGGAUGAGGCAUCCCAGCAUAGGGAAUAGGCUCCCAAAAGCCAGCUCAAUCAUUAGGGACAGGCCCUGAUCCCACUACUAGGAGUCCCAUAAAUAGACCAAGCCACACAACUGUCACACAUAUGUAGAGGGCCUAGGUUGGUCCCAUGUAGACUCCCUAGCUGUUGGUCCAAAGUCUGUCAGCUCCUGUGAGCCCAGGUUAGUUGUUUCUGUGAGUUCCCUUGUGAUGACCUUGACCCUCCUGGCUCUGUACACUCCCUCCUCCCUCUCUUCAACAGGAUUUCUGGAGCUCAGCCCAGUGCUUGCCUGUGGAUCUCUGCAUCCACUUCCAUCAGUUACUGGAUGAAAGCUCUCUGAUGACAAUUAAGGUAGUCACCUGAUUAGAGGUAGUCAUCUGAUUAGAGGAGAUGGCCAGUUCAGGCUCCCUCUCCACUAUUGCUAGGAGUCUUAGUUGGGGUUGUCCUUGUGGAUUCCUGGGAGUUUCCCUGGUACCAGGUUUCUCCCUAACCCCUAAAUGGCCUCCUCUAUCAAGACAUCUCUUUCAUUACUCCCCCUCUGUCCUGCCCCUAGCCUGCCCAGUCCAAUCCUUCAUGCCCCCCGCCCCCCACUUCCCUACCUUCAACCACCCUCACCCCCUGCACUCCCAGUUUACCUAAGAGAUCUCUUCUAUUUCCUCUUCCCAGGGAAAUCUAUGAAUCCCUCUUUGGGCUUGAGGGGCAUUUGUAAUUCAGAUGAUUCAACCCAUAUUGUGCUCUAGUUUCAUCCAGAUCCUGUGUUUGCUAUAGCUUAGACAUAUUCAAGAAAAGAUGCAGGUGGUGGCACAUGCCUUUAAUCCCAGCACUUGGGAGGCAGAGGCAGGUGAAUCUGUUAGGAAUUCAAGGCCAGCCUGGUCUACAGAGCAAAUUCUAGGACAGCCAAGGCUACACAGAGAAACCCUGUUUUGAAUAACAAAACAGAGAGAGAGAGAGAGAGAGAGAGAGAGAGAGAGAGAGAGAGAGAGAGAGAGAGAGAGAGAGAGAGAAUAUUCAAGAAAAGGUUGGGGGAAAUGGCUCAUUGGGUAAGGUGCUUGCUGUUCAGAUGGCCAGAACUCAUAUUAAAAAGCCCAGCACAGUUGUACAUGCAUAUAAUUCAAGGUGCUUGCUGUUCAGAUGGCCAGAACUCAUAUUAAAAAGCCCAGCACAGUUGUACAUGCGUGUAAUUCCAGUAUCAGGAGGCUCCUGGGGCCUUGCUGGCCAAUUGAUGAGCUCCAGGUUCAGUGAGAUACCUUAUCUUAAAAAAGAAGGUGGAGAACAAUAGAGGAAGAAACCAAUAUGGACUUCUGGCCUCCCCAUGUGUACAUGAGGGCAUGUGUACCCCAGCUUGGGUACACCACACACAUGCACACGUGAAAAGGUGAAAACAAAACAACAGCAACAAUAAAACAUACAGCUCCUGUCUGGCAUCUAGUACUAACACAGUUAAGUAGUUGUAAGAGAAAAAGCAGUCAGGUUAUUUGGAGCUUCCUCUUGUCAGAUGUGUGGUAGACAGUGACACCUUGUUUCUGGAUUGGGGACAGACUUGAGAGGGUGAACAUCUGCUGGAAAGUCUACAGUUAAGCAAGGCAAUGAACAUAGGAAUUAACCGUGGAAGGACAGCUCCCUUUCUGGGUCCAUAUGGCUCUGAGAAUGUAAGGCUACCUAGAAUGUAAAGCACAAAUGUGAUUAGUAUACUACUACUCAUUAGUUCUGUAUUCACAGAACUGGUAUUUGUUUGGAGUGACAGUGUGCACAACUCAAAUACUGCAUACUUGUUUUUGUGGUUAUGGAUUGCCAAAAGGCUAUGUGCAGAAGUCAUUUGGUGGAGCUUUUAGGAAAGUUCUUAGAUGAACUGUUGGAAAUGUGUCCUUUGUCUUUCUAGACUGUCAUCCCUUGACCUUUUCUUUCUUUUCUGUAAUGGGAACAUGUUGGCUGAAUCUCCAAGUAUCAUCCAGAGCAUGAAGUGGUCUACAAGGGAGAAGAUGGAGGAAGCCAAAACUAUGAUGACAUAAAACCACCAGAGCAUACCUGGACAGCCUACCUCUGAAUUCUUUGGGAGAUGCAAAUAAACCUCUUGUGUUUGUGUGCAGUUAAAUAUAUGUCUUAAAAAUUCACAAAUAUCUACCUUCUCAUAUAAAUGAUCAAAUCUUUGCUUUUUUUUUUUUAAAUAUUACACUACAAGUUGAAGUAAGAAAGACAUCACUGAUCUCACAAUCUUUGCCAUUUUAACUCAGAUCAUUAUAAAUUUGGGGAGAGAGUUGGGACAUGAAAAAUACACAAAGCCUUAGCAGUCAGACUAAACAAGCCUUUUUUUAUUGUUGCUUUUGUUUUUAUCAAGCUAAAUUUUUAUUAUAGUCCCUCAUGAGGAACUUUAGUAGCCCUCCUAAGGGAGCAGGCCCUUAAGAAUAAACUGGGUGGCAGUGGCGCACUUCUUUAAUCCCAGCACUUGGGAGGCAGAGGCAGGUGGGUCUCUGAGUUUAAGGCCAGCCUGGUCUACAGAGCGAGCUCCAGGACAGUCAAGACUACACAGAGAAACCCUAUCUCUAGAAUACAGAACAAAACAAACAAAAGUAUUGUCUUUAUAUUCCCUUGCAAAUGGCAGAUUAGAGAAUUGAGUUGGGAGGAUUUCCUAAGUACAGAAUAGUUUGUUUUACGUUGGUAGGUUUAUUCGUCUGCUGUGGCAGCCAGAGCAAAAUACAGACUAGUAGUGGGAAGAGCAGACAUUUCCUUUUAGCUCUGGGGCCAGAGUGAGUCAUUCUGGAGAAGAAUCUCCCUGGCCUGUAGGUGGCUGAUGUCUUGCUGUGUUCACGUGACCUUUAUUUUGUGGGCUUGCAGUAGCAGAGUCCUACCUUUUUGAUCUCGUGCAACCUUAGUUUCCUCCCUUAAAACCUCAUCUCCAAGUACUUUUCUCUGUGGUAUGUUACAAGGAGGGGAAGAACUUCAUGGAUUUUGGGGAGCAGGGACCUCAUGCAGCCCAUAGCAUUGGGCUUGCAGAAAGAAACCAACUCAGCCUAACAUUGUAAAAAUAGGGACUAAAACAUAGGCAACUAUGGUGAUUUUAUUUGUGCUGAAAUGUGAUUUUAUUUGUAUGUUAAUAAAUAAAGUUGCCUGGAGGACAGCAAAUAGCAAGCCAUUUAGCAGAAGUCUGGCAGUAGUUGCACCUGCCCUGAAUCCGGAUCACAUGACAGGCAGAAUCUCUGUGUGUUCAAGGACACAGCCAGCAUGGAGAGAUACACCUUUAAUCUCAAUACCAACCAUAGAGACCUGGAGGUCUGUAUAGACAGGCAGUGACAAGGAAGUCAUGUGGUUGGGUUUAGAACCAAUGAGAGGGCAGAACAGAUAGUCAAUAAAAAAUACAGACACACAGGAAGUAGGUCUCUUCUCUCAGGGGAAGGACGGCAGCAGCUGGUAAGCUAAGGGCUAUUCGCUAGUGCUCUGACCCCUUGGGCUUUUAACUCUGCAUUUGGCUCUGUGUUUCUUAUUUCAUAAGACUGUUCAGAAUUACAUCUACAGGACAAAGGGUUCUUUAAUGGUGCACCAAUCUUGGCAUUGUGGUUUAUACAGAAAUAUCAUGUACCAAAGGUGUGUUUAAACAGUAAAAUUUCCUUUCAAAUGGGAAGACGAGCACUGUUAACAACAUACUUAAACUAAGACUCUAGCAAGUACUGUUAUAACAGGGUUAAGAUCAUAGACAGUGAUUCACAAAUGCUGUGAUUACUUUGAAAAUAAAUAUAGAUAAGAGUUACAGGAAAUUAAGCAAUACCCAAAUGUCAAGCUCUAAACAACAUCAAAGAAAGAUCAUUUUGAAAAGAUGCCAUGUACGAAUGUCAGAAUACAAAGUCUUCAAUGAAUGGUCUCUGAAUAGCUUUAUAAAACUCUGUUGAAAUGCAUUAAAAAACACUAGUUCGUCAUGUUUAUUGGAAACAUUGCCAUUGUGACAGUUGGAAAGAAAUUUAAAUCAAUUUUUAAAAAUCCUUUGGGGACAUAUGACAAGCUGAUUUUGAAGAUGCUUUGGCAAGCAAGUGGCCAAGCAUAACUGCCUCUUGGAGAAUGAACUAGGGGAUGUUCUCUGCUAGUUUAGGGUUUGUUCAUGUCAGUGUAUAUAUGUGGUUACUGUGAGAAAGUGUACUGCUGAUGUGGCUACAAAGCAAAGUAAUGACAAAUAAUAGAGUCCAGAAGUCGAUCAUGCUUAUGUAGAGACAACAGCCAAUAAGAGUGUGUGGCAUGGGCUAUUCAACACAAGAUGCCAGGAAAAUUUGUUACUCAUUUGGGGGUGGGGAGAAAAAUUGAAUAUUUUGCUUUAUGCAAAACUAAAUUUUGGCUAUUAAGACCUAUUUGCAAAAUUCAAAACUUGACAAUGUUUUCAUGAGUUAAGGUUAAGGCAUUUUUAAUAAAUUAGCUAAUUUUAAGACCAGUGACGCUGAAUUUUAUGCUCUUAAACCUCCUUCCAGUGUGAUAGACUUCUGGCAUUUCCCUGUUUCUGUCUGUCUUCCUUGUAGAGAAGCAAGACCUCUCACAUUUCAGGUCGUUCUGUGCUUCACUUAGAUACCAUUCACCUUUCUCUUCUGGGGGGUUCCCAACACCACUUUCUGCUGUGGGAUGUUCUGUAUGGCAAAUGUGUUGCUAAUUAGUCAAUAAAUAAAACACUGAUUGGCCAUUGGCUAGGCAGGAAGUGUAGGCGGGACAAGGAGAAUAAAGCUGGGAAGUGGAAGGCUGAGUCAGAGAGACACUGCCAGCCGCCACGAUGAGAGACAGCAUGUGAAGAUGCUGGUAAGCCACGAGCCAUGUGGCAAGGUAUAGAUUAAUGGAAAUGGAUUAAUUUAAGCUGUAAGAACAGUUAGCAAGAAGCCUGCCACGGCCAUACAGUUUGUAACCAAUAUAAGUCUCUGUGUUUACUUGGUCGGGUCUGAGCGAUUGUGGGACUGGCAGGUGAGAGAGAUUUGUCCUGACUGUGGGCCAGGCAGGAAAACUCUAGCUACAAAUGGCGUCCAACGUGGUGGCAAGAGUUUCCACCUAAAACCUGAGAAAAGAUUCUAAAACGGAGCUAAAAACAGUUCCUAAUUGUCUCUCUCAAAUGAGCGGCAGCUGCUGGUUUGAGCUACUGGUGGGUUCCUAGCGUGCGUGCUCAACCUGCCUAUGGCGGGAAUGAGGCCUUUGCAAGUGGCACUUUGAGCUGCAUGGUGGAUUUAGCCUUUGCUGGUGCAGAGCAAAAGGGGAGGUUUCUAGGCUACACGCUGCUUGGCUAAAAGCAUAGACCCCCGAUAGCUCCCAGAGCUGGCGGUAAACCAUGGCCAUGUUGGGAAGCUGAGGUGGGUGGAUCCAGCAGCCACAGCUGCUGCAGUUUAAGGCAAUAGAUUCACAAUAAGACAGAUUCAGAUGUAAUAGUUUACAAUGUGUGUAAAAGAUACGUAGGCUUGAAAGAGACAAAAAAGAUGAUAUAUAGAGUUAUAGAAACAAAUACAUAGUUUUAAAAAAAUAAAGUCUUUAAAGAGACAGUAAAGGUAGUAUAAAAAAUAAGCCAUGUAAAAAUGGAUAUUACACAGAGAAUCUGGAUUGUAUUGUCUUUGGGACUUUUAACUGCAGAAAAACAUUUGAUUGUAAAAGCUGUUGAGUUAUGUCAAAAUGUAUACUUUAAAGGUACCUUGACUUCAAAAUUUGGAUAUAAGGAUAUGUUGCUUUGGAAAAGAGUCUCUUUUGUUUCCACAGAAAGCCAGAGGCUAUGGAUUUGUUCAAGAUUAAGAUACAUCAGGUUUGACCAGCCAAGACCCCCUGAAAGUCUCCGAUGACACCAUGGCCCAGAUGAUCCAACAUCCAGAAUGGUUUCAAGGCAACUGGCUCAGACAAUACAGCCUCACGGACUAUUCCAUAAUCCUAAAAUUUUCUUUGUUUCCCCAUAAGAUACAGCGCCCCCCUCCAGCAGGAAGUAGUAAGAGAAGCUACGCCCAAAUUCCCAAAUUAUAUGUAAUUUUACUUUGUUAAGGUUAAAACCUUCCUUUUUGAAAAAAAAAAAAAAAAGGAAGUGCUGUGGGAUGUUCUGUAUGGCAAAUGUGUUGCUAAUUAGUCAAUAAAUAAAACACUGAUUGGCCAUUGGCUAGGCAGGAAGUGUAGGCGGGACAAGGAGAAUAAAGCUGGGAAGUGGAAGGCUGAGUCAGAGAGACACUGCCAGCCGCCACGAUGAGAGACAGCAUGUGAAGAUGCUGGUAAGCCACGAGCCAUGUGGCAAGGUAUAGAUUAAUGGAAAUGGAUUAAUUUAAGCUGUAAGAACAGUUAGCAAGAAGCCUGCCACGGCCAUACAGUUUGUAACCAAUAUAAGUCUCUGUGUUUACUUGGUCGGGUCUGAGCGACUGUGGGACUGGCAGGUGAGAGAGAUUUGUCCUGACUGUGGGCCAGGCAGGAAAACUCUAGCUACAACUUUCUGCUGUUCUUUUUUGUUAAUGUGAUAAAAUACCCUGAUAAAAAUAUCAAGGGAGAAAAGGUUUAUUUGGGCAUAUAGUUCCAGGGGAAGCAGCAGGCCUCAUCAUAUUGUGUGGGAAGCAGAGAACAGUUAAAAUGGGGCCAGGAUAAAAUCCCAAAGCCAACCUUAGUGACAGUAACUUACUUCCUCUUGCUAGGUUCCACCUCUAAGGUUUCCAGAACCUUCCCUGUGGUGAUAUAUUAUGUACCCUAAUAAAUUUGCCUGAAAAUCAGAGAACAGAACAAGCCAGUAGAUUAAACAUAGAAGCCAGGCAGGCAGUGGUGGCACACACCUUUAUUCCUAGCACUUGGGAAGCAGAGAUCCAUUUGGAUCUCUGAGUUCAAAGCCACCCUGGACUACAUAAGAUUGACUCAAUAUAGGAGAGAAACAGAGCCAGGCAGAGGUGGCACACACCUUUAAUCCCAGUACUUGGGAGUCACAUAUCUUUAAUCCCAGCACUAGGAAAAUUGAGACAGGAAAUGAUAUGGGUGGGUGGAGAAAGGUAUAUAAGGCAUGAGGAGACAGGAACUAAAGUCUUUCAGCUGAGGAAAGCUUUUCAGGCUGAGGAGUCCUAGUGGUAAGAGGUGGCUUGUUCCUUUGUCUCUCUGAUCUUUCAGUAUUUACCCCAAUUUCUGGCUCUGGGUUUUUUAUUAAGACCAUUUAGGAAUUCGUGUUACACUUCCCAAACAAUGCCACCAGCUGGGGACCUUGUUUUCAAACACAUGGGCCAAUCAGAGAUGCUUUGCAUUCAAAUCAUAAUGCCCACUCCCUCUGAAAGUGAGUCUCAGUCCUCCAUAUUCUUUGUGACCCAGAUGCCUUCCUUGACCAUGUGACACUGGGCAUUAUUUGCAUUUUAACAAAGAGCUGCUUUGUUAAGAUCAUAGAAGUGACAUUCUGUGUCAUCUGUGAAGAGGACAACCAGAGCAGAUUCACAAAGCUGUCAGACUAAAUCAUGCAGAAGAGACAGAUGCAGUGAAAUAGGAAGAGGUAGAGCUCAGAAAAACCUUGAAAUUGACAAGGAGAUGAGAUACACCAACAGAACCAGGAUCAGGUUGGCCUAAUUUCUGCUAUGUUGGGAUUUACUGAAGGAGUGUUCCUGAUUCUGAUUGUUACUGAGUUUGUUCUUGGAAAUCUGGUGAAUGGUUUCAUUGGGUUGGUCAAUGGCAGCCACUGGUUCAAGAGCAAGAAAAUUUCUUUGUCUGACUUCAUCAUCACCAGCUUGGCCCUCUUCAGGAUCAUUCUUCUGUGGAUCAUCUUUAUUGAUGGCCUUAUAAUAGCAUUCUCUUACCACACCCAUGACUCAGGGAUAAUGAUGCAAGUUAUUGAUGUUUUGUGGACCUUUACAAACCACUUCAGUAUUUGGCUUGUCUCCUGUCUUGGUGUUUUCUACUGCCUGAAAAUAGCCAGUUUCUCCCACCCCACAUUCCUCUGGCUCAAAUGGAGAGUUUCCAGGGUGGUUGUUGGGAUGCUGUGGGGUGCACUGCUCUUAUCCUGUGUCUGUACCAUGUCUCUGAUGAAUGAAUUUAAGAUCCAUUCUGUCCUCGAUGGAAGCAGAGGUACAUCAAAUAUGACUGAAUACUUCAGACUGAAGACAAAUGAAUAUAAUCUGAUGCAUGUUCUUGGCAAUUUGUGGAAGAUUCCUCCAUUAAUUGUUUCCCUAGCUGCCUACUUUCUGCUCCUCCUCUCUCUGGGGAAGCACACAAAGCAGAUGCAGCAAUACAGUACUGGCUCCAGAGAUCAGAGUACUGAAGCCCACAAAAGAGCCAUCAGAAUCAUCUUCUCCUUCCUCUUCCUCUUCCUCUUGUACUUUCUUUGUUUUCUAAUUUUGUCAUUCAGUCGUUUCCUACCAGCAACUAAGAUUGCCAGGAUAAUUGGUGUAGUAAUUGCCAUGUCAUACCUUGUUGGGGACUCAUUUAUUCUCAUUAUGUGUAACAAAAAGCUAAAGCAGAUGUUUGUGGCCAUGCUCCCAUGUGAGUGUGGUCACCUGAAGCCUGGAUCUAAGGGAUCCUUUGCUUCAUAG